AGCAGGGAGUUAUUUCCUUUCAAGUGCAAUCUGACCAGCGUGGAGGACAUUGAGUCCAUGUUCUCAGCUAUCAAAGCUCAGCACAGAGGCGUGGACGUGUGCGUCAACAACACUGGCCUGGCCCACGCAGAGCCACUGCUGAGCGGCAAAACCAACAGCUGGAAGAACAUGCUCGAUGUGAACGUUCUGGCUCUGAGCAUCUGUACUCAUGAAGCGUACCAGUCCAUGAAGGAAAGAAACAUCGACGACGGGCACAUCAUCAUCCUGAACAGCAUGUGCGGCCAUCGAAUACUCCCCAGCUCUGACAUGCAUUUCUACACAGCGUCCAAGUACGCUGUGACGGCUCUGACCGAGGGCCUGAGGCAGGAGCUGCGUGAGGCCAACACUCACAUCCGAGCCACCAGUAUUUCUCCAGGUUUAGUGGAGACCGAAUUCGCUCAACGGUUUCAUAGCCAAAAGCCAGAAAAGGCUGCGACUGCCUACUCUCAAUAUAAGCCUCUGGAAGCCAUCGACGUUGCUAAUGCUGUCGUCUACGUCCUGAGCGCUCCUCCUCAUGUGCAGAUCGGGGAUAUUCAGAUGCGAUCUGUGGAGCAAGUGUCGUAG